CGAAAUAGAAAAAUUGUAAUUUGCUUUCUUUUUCGACAGAUUUUUUGAAGAAAUUUUAAUUUCACAACAUUACUGCUGAAAUGGAUCUUUUAAUAACGGCAGAUCCUCAUUUUAUCCCAGGAUAUUCCGGUUAUUGUCCGCAGUUCCGAUUCAAUUACGGUGAAACGUACGCAAAAACCACGCAUAAACUGCUGCUCGAUCCUACAAUUAAUCGUGCGAAAACACUCAUCCUAGCUGAUCGUACAGCUACCGAUUGCGAGCGACCAUCAAAGAGCGACAUUGAUGUGGUCAAUGCCCGUUUCAAGAGGACCGAUUCUCUCUACGUUCAUCCCAUGUUGCCAAAAUAUGAGGGUUUUGUACCGGGAUCGCACAUUAGACUCGGACAAAGAUACGCGGUGCGCGCGACCGAAGGUCUCGCAGACUUCGAACGACAACAAUUGCAAAAUAAGGCGGCUUUAGAUCGGCUGAGGAGAACGAUCAAUGUGCAAUGUGGGCGAGCCGAGCCCCGGAAUUUGGAAGAACGUUUGCUAGUUAAAACCUCAUUUAAAUUACCUUUACUUACUGUGCGACCUGAAUAUGUAGCAACGAAUAAUUUAUCAUCCGACAAGAAAUGGACACUAAUAUUAAUGAAGCAUUUCAAUUGUUUCUAUAAAUCAAUGAAGAAUUUGCCUUCUAUAAACAAAAACCCACAUGGUGUUCCUUUAUCCGCGAAAACGCGAAAAAAAAAUAUAUCUAUCAUAUCAAAUAUACUUCGCAAAGGAUAUCAUAUUCCUCACGGCUAUUUCGAAACAUCGAUUAUUCCGUCAUAUGACGAUGCAUUAUACAGUUUCGCAAAGUGUCAAAAAGGACAAAGUGUACAAUAUAAAAUAACGACGAUUUAUCCGGAACCUCCGUUACUUGUCCAAUCCACUGAAAUCUAUCAUAAAAAUGUCGGAAUGAUACCGAAUUAUUUUGGACAUAUUCCUGGAGCAAUGUUCAGAUGCGGUAAAACGUUCGGAGUUGAUUCAAAAGAUGCUAAGAAAUGGCUUCGAAGAGAUUUCGACCUGUAAUUUAACUUUAUAACAAUGUUACAAAAUUAUUUGGGUCGAUCGUUAUUAAUUGAUAGAUACUUCAAGAUCACUUAAUUGAAUCUUAUAUCGCAUCAAAAUGUAUAAAGAUUUACAAUAUCUAGAUUUAUAUAUGCUUGUAAAUUGAAUAUCACAAACAUAAAAUAUUG